ACACAUAAUUAUGUGAAUAUUUCCAAACUGAGGAAAGUGGAAGAACUACUUAAGGAGCAGAUAAUAAAAAGAAGCUUCCAAGAAGUAGACACACACUCCGGCUUUAUCCAGCUGAACAGGACAAUAUGUUGUUAUUCCGUACAUGUCAAGAAUAAAAUUGUUUGCCCCUUUUUAUUGAUGAGAAGUAACAGCUUCAUUUUGAUAGUCCUUCUCCUGAUGGAAGAUCGGAACAAUGAACGUCCCCAGGUGGAAGCUGCAAAUAAUGCCAAUAAGUUACUCUACUACAACUUGAUGCAGGAUUUUUUAACCUACGUGGAAGGUAAGAUGGUCAAACGAGCUGCUCACCUUUUUUCCCCUUACGGACAAGACAACCACAACAAGGUAGUAGUCCUCCAGAAAAUCCGCAGCGUAGGGGAUGCCUAUAUAACAUCCAUUAUUCCAUUUGGCAGACUUCUCGGAGGGAGAAGUUCUCUAUUUUUAGAUUAUCUACAAGGAGAUAUGUACAAAAGGGGAGACAUUUUACAGAGUAGCUUUUUCCCUUUUUACAACUUUUUGAUGCUGGAAAACAGGAAGGAGAAUGUUCACCUGGGGAAAGAUGAACCAACUGUGUGCAGUAGUUCUUUGCUGCAGGGGGGUAGGGAGUGUGGUUUGUCUGAGGGGAGAGUCCAAUUUACCUCCCCGAGUGAGCAAAGCGAGAGCGAUAAGGACAGCAUGUUUAGCAGCGGUGAUUUCGAAGAGGCAAGCAGUUCAGAGGGAGCAUUAGAAGAAAACCUCCCCUGCGCGUUUACCAAGAGGAAGGAGCCAAACGAUGUUCUGUACAUAAAUGGCAAGCCAAGCUUUGUGCCUCUCACAAAGGGGACUCGCACAAACAGGGAGAUAAGCGAGACCUUCUUCAAGCUACUUAUGAAGUUUUACACCUUGGCCAGGAGGGAUAACCUUAUAAGGAGAGACAGCCUUUCCAGGAGGGACAGCCUUCCCAGGAGAGACAGCCUUGCCAGGAGAGACAGCCUUGCCAGGAGGGAUAACCUUCCCAGGAGGGACAACCUGGGGGAGCCUCCACUUCCACCCAACGCACAUUAUCACGCAUAUCUUUUAUUCUUAUACAAUUACUCCUCCCGUUUGGGGAAGCACCAACAGAUCGCCAUCGAAAAUCACAUUGCUCAGAAUGAGAGCGUGCGGAUUAGCAGGGGGAACAUUCAGACCUACGUCCCGGUUUAUGUCCACGAGUAA